AUGCGGAAAGCUCUAGCCGCGGCACCUCUAUGGUCACAAAGCCGAGCGUUGAGGGCGCGCCUGACGUGCUCGCGUACUAUAAUCACCGGAGGGCGGGAGCGCGUCCGUUUCGGGCAUGCGCAGUGCGGCGCGUGGGGCCCCCCUCAGUUGGAUAAAAAAUACUUCGUGAGGGAAAAAGCGGAGGGAGCAACUGGCUUGGCUUUCCAACCGACUCGAGAGCGGAUUUAUCAUCGCCGCCGUCAUUCUUGCUGCUACUGCUGCUAUUCGAGCGAGAGGCGAGGUGCCUGUACCUCUCUCUCGGCCUCAUCCUGCGCUCGGGGAAGCGCCGACGCUCCCUCAGGGCCGCUUCCCUCGAUGGCCGACGGAGGAAAAGGAGGCUACAGCGGUGAGGAGAGGGACGGGGGCGGGGGGCUCUUGAGCAGCGGGGGGGGGGGGUCAGGUCAGGGGGGGGGUCUUCGCUGGCGUGAGGGGUGGGAACCGGGCCGAAGCCGAGAGGGUACUUGAAAGACACGGGUAGCCCAACGUGUUGCGCCUCCGGGUCCCGGCCCGCGUCGCUAGCGAGGAGCCCGGCAGCGCCUGGAGAGCUGUUCUAGGGCACGAGCCAACUCCUAGGGGCCGAGGUCCCUUCGGCUCCCCCAAUGAGAUACUUGAAGGGUCCGCCUCCCGCUAACGCCCCCCCCCCGAAAUUGAUGGGCAAUGUCAUUCACACGGCGCGUGUGCGCCUCGUGAUCGAUUGUGUGAGGCACGGCUUACCUGUCCGUCCCUCCCCCCCCAUAUUUUAUUCAAGUUGGCACCCCUGCUCUAGGGAGUCAGGAACCUUUUUUGGGGGGGCGACUAUGUGGGCCACUGGCAGUCCUGUGGAAGGAGGGAUGGAAGACGAGGAAGGGUGGGUCGGGUUUGUGGACAGUGGGCCGGGAUGGGAGGGGGGAGGAGCAGGAGGGUGGGGGCAAUUAAGGCAGGGAAUGCUCUAGGGCCGAAGGAGAGAGGAGGUGAAGACAGUGGCUCUUAGGGGGGGCGAGGGGGGUAUGGAGGAAGGUGUUAUGGGGAACCUUAGGCGGGGUAGAGGUUCCUUUUUGAGAAAAGGAUAAGGAGCUUGAAGGCUUGAGAGUCAGCUCUUUUUGUGUCUAUAGUACUGUCAAUGUGACACACACACAUGUAUCACUGACAGGGGUAGGAGAACCUGAUUUUGUACAAAAAUGAAGCAGAGUGGCAGGGGCAGCUCCUUGGAGAGGGACAACUCCUUGGAGAGGGAUAACUAAGAAGAAUAUUUGGAUAGAGUUAAAGAGCACGGAGACAGGAAUCCCACUAUUUCAGGUCCUUGGGGGAAGCUGAAGGGAGGCAAUGGUGGUGGUGGAUAGGGAAUGGAGACUUGUUAAGAGGCAGUGAAUGGGAAGGUGUGUCCUAGUUCAUGAUAUUCUCAAGUUGUCUGUGGAGAACUCAGAAGCAUGAGGGCACCUUGCUGAAUUUUGCAGGGAGCACAGAGUGUAGAAGAAGGCAAUUGAUGGCCCAAGGGUAGUCAGUGUGGUGUUCUGCAGACAUUGUUGGGAAUGCAUCUCCCUUCAGCACCAGUCAGCAUGGUCAGUGGUUCAGGGAUGAUGAGAACUGGAAUCCAACAAUGUCUGGAAGGUGUCGUGUUGGCUAUCCCUGCUCUAGUUUGCUUUUUGAGACUUACCUGGUGUGAUUGUUUCUCUGAAUACUUUGCUUGACAGCCUUCUGACACUUCAGUUUUUUGCCCUUACAUAGAACAUGAUGACCGUGUGGGUGGAGGUGGUGGCAACAGGGGCUUCCCAGGGAGGAGGCGAAAAGGUCGAGGCCCCUUCCGAGGAAAGAUGUACAGUGAGAUGAACCAUCACCCGCGGAACUGGAGCAGCGCUGGCCCCAGUCCUCGUAGCCGACUUGAAGAGGAGGAUGGAGAUGUUCUCAUGAGUGACCCUCAUGAUGUGCUGCGAUCCCGCUAGUAAGUAAAGUGUUCUCUUGGGUGGACAUAAACAUACUUUAGUUUGUAGGCAUGCUGCUGUUGCUCAGCCUCGGUUACCCCAUCUGUCAAAUGGGAACAGCGACUUAUAUCAGAAGACUGUAAUAAGAUAGGCAUUAUGAGUUGUAUCAGCUAAGUUCCACUCAGUGUAGGCCCAAUGAAAUCAAUGGAUACUGCUAAUUUAAGUCCAUUGGUUUCAGUGGGUCUACUCUGAGUGGAACUUAGUUGGAUACAACCCUAAGUGGGGGCGGGGGGAAGAACCACCUUAUGUGCGGAAUGACACUUCACCACCAUUUUCCUGUAAGGUCUGAAGCACUUUUGAAUCCUGUACUGGAUAUAUAGUUUUCAGCAAAGAGAAUAUUCAUUCCUUUUUCUUCGGAAGUACACUGGGGCGAAAAGUGUAAUUCUCAAAAAGAAUAGAUGUUCCCUAUUAAGGACACUUUUAAAAAAGUGUUUUUUGUUUGUUUGUUUUUUGUUUUUUUGCUAGUGAACCAUUUAAGUGUGUGAAAUUCAUAAGAUCUCCAGCCAACCCCAUAGAAAGGUUUUUGUAGCAAGUCUAGGAAAAAUAAGGGGACCAUUUCUUAGGGCAUCACUUGGUUAAAGGCAGGAUGUGAAUAAGGUCAAGGAGCUGGUAUUAACGAAGAUCAGAAUGGUAAAAGCCUGUGACCUGCUCUGUUUUUAAUGCUCUAGUUUACAGGCCCUCACACACCCUAGUUUAAAAAAAAGCAUAGAAGGUGGAGCUCUUUGAAGGGAUGUGAACCUUUCUUGCCUAACCAGGUACAGGUUCUCUGCUGUGGGGAGGGACUCUGUGCACAUUUCCUGCACCUACAAAGAUGGAAAAUUGAGGUCAUCUGAAUCAUUCCUCAGCAUAGCACUUAACUGGCUGCAACCAGAUGAAGAAUCUGUGAAGUAAAUAAUAAUAAUAAUCAGGGAACCGAUAAUUGAAUGUAUUCAUCGUUUGGAAAAAGGGCUAGAAUCACAAGUUACCUAGUUCAUUGAGUAAAGUUAAGUUGCGGGUAUAAUUACCAUUUAAAUGUCUGAUUAGUUCUGUAACAUUUUUUUUUGGGGGGGGGGACCAAAUGCUUUUUAUUACUGCUUUGUCCACAGAAACAAACCAGCGAAGUAGAAUAAUUUGAGUGUGUUUUUUUUUUAAAUAAUAUUUAUUAAAGUUUCAAGAGGGGAAAAAAAUCACAUUAGUAAAGAAAAAAUUAAUAAUGAGAAGAAAAAAUACAAAGUAAAAAAAAGAAAAAACAAUUAAAAACAAUUUCAUCUUUUCCUCACUUCUUUUACGUUUACUUGUUUCCCGGACCUCCUCUUACCUCCCUCUUUUGUAUUCUAAUUAAAUAUGUUAAUCCAACAAUUCCUUUCCCUCCUUUUUAAUCCUAAUCUUUAAUCUUGAUAUAUUGUAACUUUAAAUUUUACAUUUUACAUAUUAAAAACCAAUUUUUCCAUAUUCUUUUGUGCCUGUACAGCUAGAAACCACUUAACUUCAAUCCAACAUCAUUCUAACACUCAUUAAUUUUGCAAUAUUUCUGUAAAUAGUCUUUGAAUUUCUUCCAAUCUUCUUCCACUGACUCUUCUCCCUGGUCACGGAUUCUGCCAGUCAUUUCCGCCAAUUCCAUGUAGUCCAUCAUUUUUAUCUGCCAUUCCUCCAGUGUGGGUAGAUCUUGUGUCUUCCAAUACUUUGCAAUGAGUAUUCUUGCUGCUGUUGUAGCAUACAUAAAGAAAGUUCUGUCCUUUUUAACACCGAUUGGCCGACUAUGCCCAGGAGAAAGGCUUCUGGUUUCUUCAAGAAGGUAUAUUUAAAUACCUUUUUUAGUUCAUUAUAUAUCAUCUCCCAGAGAGCCUUAAUCUUUGGGCACGUCCACCAAAGGUGAAAAAAUGUACCUUCAGUUUCUUUACAUUUCCAACAUUUAUUAUCAGGCAAAUGGUAGAUUUUUGCAAGCUUGACUGGGGUUAUGUACCACCUGUAUAUCAUUUUCAUAAUAUUUUCUCUUAAGGCAUUACAUGCCGUAAAUUUCAUACCUGUGGUCCACAACUGUUCCCAGUCAGCAAACAUAAUAUUAUGUCCAACGUCUUGUGCCCAUUUAAUCAUAGCAGAUUUCACAGUUUCAUCCUGAGUAUUCCAUUUCAACAGCAAGUUAUACAUCUUUGACAAAAUUUUAGUUUUGGGUUCUAACAAUUCUGUUUCUAAUUUUGAUUUUUCCACCUGGAAGCCGAUUUUCUUAUCCAAAUUGUAUGCCUCCAUUAUCUGAUAAUAAUGAAGCCAGUCUCGCACUUUGUUUUUUAAUUUUUCAAAACUCUGCAAUUUCAAUCUGUCUCCAUCUUGUUCCAAAAUUUCCCAAUAUUUCGGCCAUUUGACCUCCAUAUUGAGCUUUUUCAAGGCUUUCACUUCCAUCGGUGACAGAAUAAUUUGAGUGUUUGAUCCAGACUCCUUUCUGGGCAAGGUUUCUCAUAUCUUAAUUUGACACUCUGCUACACUCCAUACUGAAAUCUUGUUUUCUACUCCUCAGCACUCCUUACGGUCGUCCAAACAGAGAUCGGGAGCGGGGAGGUCUAAGCAAUAUAAGCCUCACAGUGAGACAGAAUCUGAGUACCCUAGAGCGGCUUGGCCCCAGAAGCAAUGCCCCCAAGAGGAGCUGGUUCAAGGUUACAGUAAGUCACAUGGGGGAGGGGAGGGAUUUGGAAGCGGAGCUUGAAGGACCCCUGGCUGUUGUUGGCAGAGGUGCUCUGUUCCUGUAGAGUUGCUGUUUUGACGGACUCUUGCUUAUUCAGUUCCUAAGCAAUGCUGCGUGUCAUUGGCUAAACUGUUUAGAUUCUAAAGGGGAGGGUGAGGCUGGCAAAAUGCCCUCCUAAGCAAAGAAGAACAGGCCAAGCAGGGGACUGAGAAAACAGCAGACCAGAGGCAAUGAGGCCAAGGUAGGAGGUGAGGACUGAAUUUUGAAUGUUCCAGAAGCAUGAGGAGAAAGAAAAGGGGAAGUGGGCAGAAAAGAGCUGUAGAGGUGAGGUUAGCUCUCAUGCACACUUUGAUCUGAAACAAUCAGUCCAAUCUUUGUGUCAAUUCAUUGUUAAUUGUUUAACAGAGCAGAUGGUUUACCUGAAUAAUUUUCAGACUUGAGUGUGCUGAAAACACAAGGAGCUACCGCUUUUUGAGUUAGGCAUGAGAACAUUGUUAAGCAGGGUAGAAAGGGAGCUUCCCAGUUUCAGUUCUGCUGGUAAUCUGCAGGUCAGUCCUUCCCUACAUGGUAGCUUUGCAGUCCCAUGUGGUUUGGGAGGGGAAAUAGCUAAACCUCACAGGAUUGGAGUUGAGAGAAUGCUGCCUUCUUGUAUAACAGAAACAAGCAGCACUAUGGUUUGACUUUGACAACCAAGCCUCUUAACACUGUGUAUUUGGGGGUGGAGAUUAAAUGCAUUUAUUACUCCAGUUUCUAUCUUGCCUUUAUGCAUAUAACACCCAAGAAAGCUAACAGUGGGCUGUAUCAAAUGUUAUUCCUGCUCAGAGUAGACACAUUGAAAUUAACUAACAUGACUAACUUAGGCCCAUUCAUUUCAGUAGGGUACAAUAAAUAGAACUUCAGUAGAUUCCACCCAGUAAUAAUACUACAAUAACACAUUUUAAAACCAAUAAGUAAAUAGAGCAGAUAAAACCUAUCAAAGAUACAAAUUGAGGCCACAGACAUAAUAAGACUAGUCAUGAUUUUUUUAAAAAAGAAAAGUCAGCUUGACGGGCCAAAGGAUAGUUACAUAAAAAAGAUUGUGUGACUGUGAAAUGACAUUAGAGAAGGCCCUUAGGUCAUGUCCUUGCAUGUACGCCCAAACUGCAAACCCAAGGCUUCAGAAGAAGUGCAAUUCCAUCCAAGACAGCAUGAAUCCCCAUUCCCUGAUUUUAAAUGAACCAAGUUCUUCACCAGCAUCCAGGCCAUUAGCAACACUGCACACUGAUUCUGAACUUGAACAGGUUUUGGGGGGAUUUAGAUGGAAAUGAGAGAGUUAGUCUCAUCAGCAUGUUCAUAGAAUCAUAGAGUUAGAAGGGACCCCAAGGGUCAUCUAGUCCAGCCCCCUGCAAUGCAGGAAUCUCAGCUAAAACAUCCAUGAUAGAUAGCCAUCCAACCUCUGCUUAAAAACCUCCAUGGAAGAGGUGUUGGUGACACAUCCUCCAAACUGCAGAAUACCUCCCCCAAUGGUUCCAUGUAGAUGUUUAAUAGCAUGGGAAAUGAGAUGGAACCCCAAGAGAUGCAAUUGACCAUGGCACCAUUUUUUGAAACUGUUGCCCUAAGAAGGACUAGAGCCACCACAAACUUAUGUCUCAAAGUCCCAUCACACCCAGAUUGUUCAGAAGGUUGAUGCUACUGAAAGCUGCAGAGAGGCUCAGGAGAACAAACCAGGAGGGGUGAGCUCCCUCUUUUUGCCCAAGUUGGAAACUGGCCAGAAAUUAUCCAGUAUGUGGGGGAUUAAGAAGGAACCCCGCCUUUAAAUAUCUUAGCACUACCCUCUGUACUUGGUGGAACAGUACUAUCUUGUGACAAGGCAUUUGCAUCUCCUCACUGGCAGGUUUUAUGAGCCAGGAGGAGCAGGGAUUGAGCAGUCAGGUCUCACUUCUCCAACAGUCCACGUCCUUGAGUUGCACAUAUUGAAAUGUAUCCAGAGACUGUUUGUACUCACGGGUUUUGCCCUUGUGUACAGUUGAUGCUAAAUAUAGCUAUACCUAAGCUUAAUGGGAUUAGGAACUUCAGUGAAAGUCAUCAACCACUGGAUCUAGACAUCUUUUCAAAUCUUUUCCUGAGCUGAUUCUCCAGCUGCAGGCUUUUACAUCUGAUUUAUUUCUCCCAACAUGCCCAGUCCAGCCAUUCAGUGUAUAUGCCUGGGUCAGCUGGUUUUGCUAGAGAGCCGAUUUGAGGAGAUGUCAGAGGGUGAUAGGCCAGAGCUAGGAAUAGAGGAGAAAUUUGUGCAGUCUGCAUUUUAAAGCGAACAUACCUCAUUUGCUGAUCCCAGACUUAGCUGUCAAUAAGAUGACAUAUUUCUCCAAAUUUUGCUCCACAGUUUUGGUUCAAACAUGUGAAUCUUUUUGUGGGGGAUGAUGCAUACACAAUUCAUUUUUGUUAAGCAGGAAAAAGCAUUGAAAGUAAUAAACAUAUUUUAGGGGAAGAAUGUACACACUUUAUACACAAUCUACAUACAACUUUUUGUGUUACCUUUAUCCACAAAAAAAUGGGAAGGGAUGGGCGUAUGAUUGACAUGGAAACGGACACAGAAUGGAAAUAGGCUGAUUUGUGCAUCCCUAGCCAAAGCCCUUCAGUCAUCCACAAUGGACUUCCAGUUCCUUAGCCUUUGCACUUUCCUAAACUGGAAGUCAAAAUCUUGCUGCUCCCAUUUCACCUAUGCCUAGAAACAUCUCCCUUUGUUCUCUUUCCAGCUGAAUUGUAGCAUUUUUUAUCCCAUAGCUUACAAAAUGGGUGCCUCCCAGGUUUCACAUUUCCAGAUUAGCCAAAAGCUUUUCUUCCUUCCCCACUGAUGCAGUGAAAAAUGUCCCCAACCUACCAAUUGGCAAAUGGACUUGAGAGCUGGAUAUUAUUACCACAUCAAAGCUUUGGUAUGGUUCUGCUUCUUGCCUUGAUUGGCUUUUUUGCUUUUCUCCCCCUCAGAUUCCCUAUGGAAGGAAAUAUGAAAAGGCCUGGCUGAUUAAUGCCAUUCAGAAUUUGUGCAGCGUUCCCUUCACUCCUGUGGAGGUAAGAGAGGCAUACACAUGUUCCCUGGGCAAGAAUUUUCCUUUCUGUUUUACAGAAUUGACAGUCUUGUGAUUCCCAAAUUGUGUGCUGCAAUAGGAGCUGGGGUGUUCCUUGAAACCGCCAUGUCAGAUGCAUCCAGCACCCAUUGUCAUUUGGAUCAGGAGGUUGUAUGUGGCAUUGAUUUGAUCUUGCCCCCACCCCAGUUAGUAAAUUGCCAAUGGUAUUCUGAUAGAAGUUGCACCAGCAAUACUCAGAUUAUAAGGUGCUGGGCAGGGGCUGCGUUUCCUUGGGUGUGCCCAGUAUUGAUUCUACUCAGAAAACUUAGCUACUGUUUUUUAGAAAUGCCAAGCAAGAAUGUUUGGUUAGAACUGGGGAAAAGAGGAGUCAAGGAAUGGAGCUUGUGUGAAGUUCCUCAACUUUCUCCCAUAAUUCAAGCUCUAUACACUAGCAUCCCAUGCUGCAGCUGACGGGUACAGGGGAAUCCCUGAGUCACCACCAUUGCUUAGAAUACCCAGUUGCUUCUAUAGGCCUUAACCACCUGAGCAGGAUGCCAGGAGGCAUUAAUUGUACUUCUCUGCAAUUGAAGGGGGAGGUACUGCUCUCUCUCCCCCCCCAGAACCAAUCAAUAAAAUGUUAGUCAUUUUUGAGCAUCUGAGUGAAUUGUGCCUUCAAUUUUAAUCUAGGAAAAAACUUACUGUGUAAUUCAGCAGUUUUGGAAAUGCUGGUGCUAGUGAAAUAAAAAUAUCAUGAAGGAAUGCGGAGACUAGGGGUGGCAUGAGUCUGGCAUUAGCAGAAUGUGUUGGUGAUGGGGAAGCUUAAAAGAUCCAAGCCCUGCACCUUCUGGUCACUCAAAGCUGUGCCCAGAGGCAUUACAAGGCACCUUCCAUGUUGUAUCGUCUUUAUUAAUUAUGAAGAUCAGCUCCUUUUUUUUCUAAUUAAAGAAGAAUGAGCUCUGUCUCACACCAAGACCUUUUCCCCUCUUGCCGCAGCUACACUAUGCCAAUAAUCGGGUAGUGUUCUAUGUGGAAGAUGCCUCUGCAGCCAACGCCCUCAAACAGGUGUCUCGAAAGAUUGUUGCCCCAGAUGGCUACAAGGUUGGUUUGUUCUUCCUCUGUGGGCCUGGGGCUAGUGGGGGGCGGGAAUACAUGAGGUUGGAGGGCGAUUAGCUAUGUCCAGACUAGUGAGGUUGCUUGAUCAGUUAUAGCUCUGACCUGCCUCAUGUGAUCGUCCUUUGCUGACACAGCUUAGAUUCAAGCAGUGCCUGCAAAGGAAGAAAGGAAAGAAUCAGGAGUGCACUCUUAAUUAUUUCCUUUGAAGUUGUGAGGUCAGGUAAUUGAGAGAUGGUCAACCUCGCCCAUCGGCCAGAGUGGCUCAAAGGGGAGUGGGGGAGCUUAGGAUCCAGCCCACCUGCAAGGUCUUGUUCUCCAGUCCUCUCUACAUACAUUAAGAAGCCUGGGCAGGGAUUAACCUGCACCCAUCCAAUCUCCAACUGGUAUUUCUUUCAGGUUGUGAUACUUUUAAACCCAUGCAGUCCACCAACAUCUGUCCAGCGUGAAUUGAAACCAGAGGAGAUUGAGCAGCUGAAGGUGAGUGGAAUGUGCCAGAACUUCAGUACUAUUUUCUUGCCAUCUACUUGCCAGUCUGCCCUGCAUUCCCAGAAGUGGUUUGUGUCUGGUGUUUUUCUCUUUGGGAACCUGACAAUGAUCCUUGAUUUUAAACUGUCUCAAGUGGUUAGCAAGUUGGAAUGGGAGAUGCCAUCUGUCUUUAGUGGGAAAACAAGUCCCUGUUCAGGUUGUGAGUAUUGUACAAUCUCUUCCUAACUUGGUUUGGUUUUUUCUUUUGCUUCGGGUACUGAAAUUCUGUUCUUCCCCUCAAGCAGGCAGGAAUAAGCCUGUCUGAGGCCUUAUCUAUCUAAUGGAAAUUUUCUCUCUCCUUCCAGCUUUGCAUGAGUAAAAGAUAUGAUGGUUCCCAGCAGGCCUUGGAUCUAAAGAACCUUCACACAGAUCCAGGUAGGACACCGUACCCACCUUUUCACUGUUGGGACUGCUGUUCUUCUACACACCUAGAACUCUGGUUCCAGCUUCAGGGGCGGAGGUGGGUUUCUGUUGCAGAUUCCAGCUGGCAGUGAAGUGAGAUUCAUGCUAUUUUUUAACUCCCCAGAUCUGGUAGCCCAGAACAUUGACAUGGUGUUGAGUCGCCGAAGCUGCAUGCUAGCUGUGCUGCGGAUCAUCCAGGAGAACAUUCCUGAGGUCAUCCAUUUCUCUCUCCCUUUCCCUCUUUUUCUUGCCUUGGUGCACUCAGGGAUUGGUGAUUUCUCUGAAAUUUCAUGCUGAAAAGAUUUCAGCUUGCCCUCAAAUGAAUAUGGACCCUUGUAAGUAAGUGGUCCGUAAUUACAAACCAUACACCAAACAUCCUAGAAGGGGUGGCGGUAUUGGGUUUGUGUUUUUUGUUUAUUUGUUCUUGUAUUUAUCGUGUAUUUUGUGUCUUAUCUUCUGUUUUUAUGUUGUGAACUGUCCUGAUCUACAGAUGGAGGGCAGUAUACGAAUGUAAAUAAAGAAAUCUUACUGUAGUUUAAUUUAUUUUUAAUGAGGUUUUUUUAUUAAAAAAAAACUGUCUUGAGGUGACUUGGUGGCAAAAAGCACAUCUCUCACUCACACCUCACAAAUCCCCCCCAUCUGUCCUUGCAGCUCCUUUCUCUGAACUUGAGUGACAACAAGCUCUAUCGCCUGGAUGAUAUGGCUGAGCUGCCCCAGAAGGCUCCCAACCUGAAGAUCCUCAAUUUGUCUUCUAACCAGGUAGGGCUGGAUGCUCACUAGCUCAGCCUGAAUCUUCCAUUGGGUAAAAUCUUCACUCUCUUCACUAUGCUCUCGUUCUUUCCCUCCUGGCUCCCUUCAGUUGAAGACAGACCGUGACUUGGACAGGUUAAAAGACUUGAAGCUGGAAGAACUAUGGCUGGAUGGCAACCUGUUGUGUGAUAGCUUCCGUGACCAGUCUACCUACAUCAGGUGAGCAGUAGCCCUGGGGCUGCCUAAGAUGUCCUGGAAGGGUGUACCUCCACCUACCCAGAGGGCAUUCAGGGCAUGAUUAAGAUGUUUCUUGCCAAAAGGCCUAUUUUGCCCUCCUAGGGGUGCCAGCUUGGUUAUUUUGACCCCAUAGCACCAUCUGCCUCGGCUGCAGCCAAAUCUCUGAAGAUGCUGCAUCCCAUUCCUGGAUCCUGAGUUGUGAUUCUUGUGAUAAUGGUUUUAUUUCAGCCAGAUUGGAGCACUGCCCAGCCCCGUCUCCUCCCCCACCCCAUAUUGAUAUUACUACAUUUAUUAGCUGAAAUUUGCUUUUGUGGAUGAUCUGCCAUAUCGCACCUCCCAGCCACCCCAGCCUUGCUUCCCUUCCUUGUGAAAUCUUCCUUUCCCCCUCCCCCGCUUUUCUGUCUGCCUUCCACUAUCCGCUCUGCGCACGUCACUUGCUUUUCUCUGCCCCCGGGGCUCUAGGACCUCAGGAUGCGCAGCCUUUUCCAUCCUCUCAAGUUCCCCUUGUGCACUGCCACCCUCCUUUGAGCCUGCCAUGCUGAGCCACCUUGCUCGUGGCCUUGCCUGCUUCUAUAUUUAUAUAUUGUGGCUCCCCAGUGCUGUACCUGGAAGUACCAUAUUGCACAGAGGCACGUGGAAGUCUUUCUUUUGGAGAAUUGAAGCUAAGCUGCUAAAUCCUGGGGUGCCCCUGGUGCGUUUGGCUCUCACAGAUGGCUGGUUAGCCAGUGACGGGUAAGAUUCCUUGCGGAAGGAACAACCUAAGACAGGCACAGUCGCACAGUGGCCAAACGGAGCCCUUCCGCCCGCCUCCGGGGAAGUUGGCAAACACAAGGCACCAGAACCCUCCUUCACAGGCUUGUCAUCGGCGAGUAGCUUUUGGACAGCCUCUGUGCCGUUUCUAAUGGGGAGACUUUUGCUUCUUGAUGAUCUGGGAGUGACGAUGGUGCUGACUCUGGGUGGAGCAGCAGCAGCAGCAGCAGACUGAAGUGACAAGCUUCUUGCAAGUAAAACUCUUUCUCCCUCAGUUGUGCACUUGGAAGUCCUGUUUGUGUGGCCAAGGCAUCUGUAUCUCUGCAGGGUUGGAGCGUCAAGAGGGGCAGUGUGGAGGAUGGAUGAGGCUGUGCAUCAGUAGGGAGGAGUUUCCAGGCCUUUUUUUCUUUGUUUCCAUCACUCUGGCGUCCCUCUGCUUCUCCUUCCCCCACCCGCAUCUUCCAUGGUCAUUAAUUAGAUUUGGGCCUUGAUGCAGGAACUCUCCCAAAGCUGUUUUAAGUUGGGUGCCAGGAAGUUGGCUCAGGCAUCUCCAUGACCAGUGGGAAUUCUUGUCCAUUCCCCUACUUUCCCUUCCCUGCCCCUGCCCUCUGGCCUCAGUGGAGCGCUCCUCCUAUAAAUUGAGCCAUGCGGGUGAGUACACACUCAGGUAAGUGCAGAGGGAGACUUUGAGUAGCAUGGCUUUGGAGACUUCUGCCUCUCGCACCCGUGUGCGUGUGUAAAACUACCACGGGAAGAGUACCAGAGCAUUUUACUUUAAAGACUGUGUUCUGCUACCUACUAAUUUUUUGAAGUUGGCUAACUGUCACUCGCCCUUGUAUGGUAUCAAGUGACAGAACCAUAAUAAUGAAAUUGAUCAACUUUUCCCUCAAAUUGUCUGGCAAUAUUAAAGGAAAGCUGACUCAGCAUUUUCUCCUAGGUGAGACUUGAGUCAGAUUUUAAUACGCAGGGUGGGAAAUGUCAAAUAUAAUCAGAUGUCUCUUUAAACUGGAUUGCAGUAGUUCUCUAAUCCAGCAUAAGCAGUACAAUCCUUUUAACCCCAUUCGUGUUGCUUCUUCCGUGGCUAACGGAAGAUGCAGAGCCUAAUACGGUUCCACGUGCAGCUUUAGCAACCCGUCCCUGAUUUUGUACACGUUCUACCUUUGUUUAAAAUGCUUGUACGUGUAAAUUUCUUAGGCUUCCAAAGAAACAUACAGUUUGAGAGCCUUGGGCGGGGGGCUUUUGUUAAAAGAUUCUGGUAAUGCCACCAUUUUGUGGUGUUUCUCCACGCUCCUAAGAAAGCCCAGAUGCGUGGAAUGAAACUUGUGGGACCUGUCUCCUAAGUUCUUCCAGUUGGGGAGCUGGUUGUUGCUCUGUAAUUCAGAAUCCAGGAAGUGAGGUGUGGUGAGGGUUCUGAAUCACCAGUGGGCAGCCUAUAUAAUUUGGUGGGCAUCUGUUUGGCCCAGGAUAACAAAUUGAUAACUCUCCACCUCCUGACAGCAGUUGAGGCAACUUCUUUUUGCAAGACUGCCCAUCUUGGUUUUAAAGAAUGCUUUAGAGAAUGAUGGCCAGUGGCCAGGGUGGGUAGAGGCCACAACAGGAUGUAGUUCAGGUAGCACUGGCUGAGGUAGGAAGAUGGUGGUAGCAGAAGGUGGGGACCACCCAGGUAGGUCACGGGUGGGGGGAGGGCAGUGCUCUUGGGGCACAAAGCUCUUUCAUUCACUCCUUUUCCCCUUUCUGACAGCGCCAUCCGCGAACGGUUUCCAAAGCUGCUGAGGCUGGUGAGUGAAUUGUUCAAAUUCCAGGUGGAUUCUGAGCCAGCUUUUGUAUCUGACAGUACUGUUGCCUUACCCUUCUGCCUCUCCCAUCACAGGACGGCCAUGAACUCCCCCCUCCUAUUGCUUUUGAUCUUGAAGCACCUACCACGCUUCCCCCCACUAAGGUACAGAAAUGCUUGGAAGGGGCAGGGGAGAGGGCCCGUGUUGCUGUUGCCCUGAGAAAGCUGGCGCCUUUCGAGCCCUUGCUUCAGUCCCAUUGCUCGGUGUGGGCUGUGGCAUAGGAUGCCUUAGGGCUGGUGCUGAGUGGGUACUGGGUAGAUUUUGCUUGGUGUUUGGGAGGAAUGGAGGGGAACAGAUUAACAUCCGGCUUCUCUCUUUGACUCUCCCCACUCAGGGCAGCUAUUUUUGCUCUGAAGACUUAAAAGCGUUGAUCCUGCGAUUUCUGCAACAGUAAGUAGAGUUGCAAGGUCUUGUACGUUAAAGAAAACCAGAGCCCCUGCCAACAAGUUUAUAACCUGGGGGUUUUGGCACACACAAAAAGGGGAGCUGGAGAAAAAAAGAGAGGGUAAACAUCUUAAGUUUUAAGUUAGUUCCUGGGAAGAGGGUAGUGGUAAUGAUGCUGGCUGGCAUUUGAAAACCAGGGUUUGAAGUUGCAUUCCAGUGUUUAAAACUUGGCUAGCAAAAAGGAUCACUGACAGUACUGUAAUUGAAAGAAGCAAAAGGGUUUAUUGAGGCACAGUACCCCAUAAAAUAGGAACGCAAGUGGCGCUAUGGUAUAACCCACUGAGCCUAGGGCCUGCCGAUUGGAAGGUCAGCGGUUCGAAUCUCCGCAACGGGGUGAACUCCCGUUGCUCAGUCCCAGCUCCUGCCAACCUAGCAGUUCAAAAGCACAUCAAAGUGCAAGUAGAUAAAUAGGUGCCGCUCUGGCGGGAAGGUAAACGGUGUUUCUGUACGCUGCUCUGGUUUCGCCAGAAGCGGCUUAGUCAUGCUGGCCACAUGACCCGGAAAAACUGUCUGUGGACAAACGUCAGCUCCCUCGGCCAGUAAAGUGAGAUGAGCACUGCAACCCAAGAGUCAUUUGCGACUGGACUUAACUGUCAGGGGUCCUUUACCUUUACCUUUACCUUUUUACCCAAUACAAUGGAACUAACAUAAUAGAAAUAAUAAAGUGGCUAAAGCCUCUCUUCUAUUCUGGCUGUUUCUUUAGCAAUGUUUGUAUUCUCCCACAGAUAUUACACUGUCUAUGAUUCUGGGGACCGGCAAGGGUUAUUGGAUGCCUACCACGAUGGAGCCUGCUGCUCCCUGAGCAUCCCCUUCUCACUACACAACCAUUCCAGGUAAGUUUACACUUCUGACAUUUGUUCCCUUGCCAUGGGAGAGGACUGCACGUUGCCCUACUACACUGUGCUUUGGUUUUGGUGUGACAUGGUGUGAGACAGGCUGUGUGCACCCUUUCCAAAGUUUCUGUGCCAAGAUGUGGGGUAUUUUGCAACCUAUACUAAGUAAACAAGAGUUGCUUGUAUUAGUCACAAGGAGAUUCAAAGAGCUGUGUGUGGAUCUUGCACAUGCCUCCCAUUCAAGUAUUUCACGCUUUGCAAACAUGAAAUCUUUUUGUAAGAUGCCAUACAUUUGGUUGCAUUGUGUUGAUUGGGAAGAAGAUUUGAUGUUCAAUAAAUCUAACUAGACUGUUCAGAGGGCAGGGAUUUGUGGUGCUUCCACAGCUUACUUUUUAAAAAAUCCUCAUACCAAGAGAGAGACUAAGUUGAAAGUACAUGGAGCUGCUUGCUUUACUUUGGAGCCAGCUUGGGAUUUAACCCUCAGCACUCUGCCUCCAAAUCCAACAUUUUGCCUACUGCAGCCAAGUAUACACCUCCUGCUAUGUAAAGAAAGACCUGGGGAAAUGGGUAGGCGUUUAUGUUCUUGUUUUGUCUUCAGGAGCACUCUGGCUGAAUACUUCAAGAACAGCAGGAAUGUGAAGAAGCUUAAGGAUCCCAGUAAGUAAUGACCAGUGGCGGGGGUGGGGUGGGCGUACAAGGCUACAGACUCUUUUAAGGACAGUGUGUAAUCAGAAGUGUUUCAUGGGAGACGGGCCCUGCACAGUGAUUCUGCUGCGGAGGUUGGGACCCCAAUGCACAAAAGAGGGGAGGUGCAAUGGUGAAAGGAUUUGGGACAAUGCUCAAAUCCGCACUGAAGCCCUUCAUUCAUAGCAGUCCAGUUGUGGAAGAGGAUAACAGAAAAGCCCCUGAUUAAAGUGAAUAAACUGUAUUGGUUGGCAGUGAUUUUUUUAUUUUUUAGGGUUGGGGCAGACGCUCCUACAUUAGUGGAUUGUGUCCCCCCCCCACGUAUCUGCUGCUGGUUUCUCCACUUUGGGUUUACUUCAGUGAAGGUAGUAAUUGACCUGCCCUCUGCUCUUUCUGCCCCCAGCCAUGCGCUUCAGGCUCCUCAAGCACACAAAGCUAAAUGUUGUGGCCUUCCUUAGCGAGCUCCCGAAGACUCAGCAUGACAUCAACUCCUUUAUUGUGGACGUCUGUGCCCAAACGGUGAGUCAGGGGAGAAGGAACUGGCCAAGCACUUACCACCUUUCAAGGAGUAGGUGAGGUCAGUGGGCAAGAAGAAAGAUGAGGGAUGGGUUGUUGCUUGGCUGGAAAUUUGACUUGCCCCUGAUAGCCGAUGGGAGUUGAGAAAAAUUGCUCCCUCUAUGCAGGGUCAAAAUAUGUGUUGUUCAGCUGGAAAUCUUGGAAUCUGGAACAAAGUGUUAUCCCCCCCCCCCCCCAAUAAGUACAUACCCCGCUAUUGCUGCUCACUUUUCAAUAAAACAAAGGCAAUUUACUUCCAGGAAAACCAUCCAUCGAUCUCUUUUUAUGCUGCUACUGUUUCAGUCCUUUUAGCCUGUUUUCAGUUGGCAUGAUUGUAGUUGUUUCUAUUGCUGUAAGCAAUCUUGUAAGCGGCUGUGAGUAUUUCAUAACAGAAAGGUGGGGUAUACAUCUUGAUGUUAAACGAUGUAUAUAACAUCUGUGUGGGUUGCUGCCACAAUCUCUUUGGCCUUGAGACCCUUCUUUUCUCAUUGCAGAACACGCUGCUGUCUUUCACCGUCAAUGGGGUCUUCAAGGAGGGUGAGUGUGCUGUUAAAAGGCUGCUUUGUGACACAUCCUGAACAGUGGGAAAGCCAGAACACUUGCAGCACCCAGUGCCCCUUCUUGAAAACUCUAACCUGCGCUUUCUUUCUAAAUUCUACAGUGGAUGGCAAGUGUCGCGACUCGGUGCGCGCUUUCACCCGUGUGUUCAUCGUUGUGCCUGCUGGCAAUAAUGGGUAAGGGCUAUGAGCUUCAGGGCAUUGACAAAUCCAGGGAUUGCAAGACAGGUGUGUCUCUGAAAGGGGAAGGUAUUGGGAGGAUGAUGAAAUAUUUAUAGGGGGAUGAGAGACAGAGCCUUAGCAGCCAUGUCUGUCAGGAGCUGGGAAUGUCAAAGGCUUUUAAAAACAGCCCAUGUGCUGGAGGCAUUGGGGGAUUGGCCAGCUUAUGGAGGAGCAAUCUGAUUUCUCCCAGUGAUUUAUAUCUGUACUGGUGAACCACUGGCCAAUUUCUAGGGGACAGCCUGGCGCUGGUUGGGGAAGGGCCCUAGCUCAGUACUAGAGCAUCUGCUUUGCAUGCAGAAGGUCCUAGACUUAGUCCCCAGUAUCUCCAGGUAGGGCCGGGAAAAAUUCUCACCUGAAACCCUGGAGAGCUGCUGCCAGUCAGUGCAGGCAAUACUGAGCUAGACCCAACAGUCUGACUUGGUGUGAGGCAGCUUCGUGUGUCACAAUUCUUGCAAAAGAUGUGGGGCUAGCAUUGAUUUUGGCAUUUUCAGAAAGCACGUUAAUGUUUAGAAGCAGGGGGGAUGACAGAUUAGUCAUGCCUUACUUAACAGUUACAGUGUUCCAAAGUAUAUAUUCUCAGUAAAAUUUAAAGUGGUUCCUUGCAGCACAGUUUUAAAAGCCAGGCCAUCAAGAUAGGUUGAUUGCCACUUGUCGAAUCUAGCGACAAUUCCUUUUUGCUGUAGUUGACUUUCCACAAGAACAGUGGGAGCACGGUUCAAAGAAAACAUCAUGCUGGUGUGUCCCAUUUUUCUCUCUGACUUCAGGACCCAUUUUGCUGAACAUUGGCUAGAUGCACUUCUAAUAUUUGCCGCGCUUUUUGCUACUGUUAGAAUAUGGCGACCUUCUCUCCUUGGUGAAGGCAGAAGCAAGUAUAGUGUCUAGCUGUUGCUCCUUUAUUUAUGGGAGCAUCCUGCAGUGCUUGGCAAGAGAUACAAGCAAGCAAGCUGUAGGAGGCUCUGUGUAUGCAUUAGCAGAUCCUAACCUCUUCUUGCCAUCAGAGGGGUGGCCAGGAAUAGUCAGGUCUCAGACUGAAAGGGUAGAAGGCAAAAGGGGCCAUCCUUAUGUUGGGUGUAGGCUUGCAGCCCAUUCAUUAACCACUCCUGGCUCUUUUCCCCUCCUCUGCAGGCUGUGCAUUGUGAAUGAUCAGCUAUUCAUUCGUAAGGCCACCAACAAGGAAAUCCGCAAAGCUUUCGUCAUGCCAGCGCCCACGCCCUCCUCCAGCCCGGUGCCCACGCUCACGGCAGAGCAGCAGGAAAUGCUGCAGAAUUUCUCACUGCAGUCGGGCAUGAAUCUUGAGUGGUCUCAGAAGUGAGUCUGGAGUUGCUGGGGGCUGGCAGUUGGGAAAAAGGAGUGGGAGAUGGUCUUGAGAUUAGGGUGGGGGGCAGGGAGGGAAAAGCGGUUGCAAAAUGAGAUUAGGUUAGGCUCCUGUCUCAUGACUUUAUCAUCUCUCCCUACCCUUGCCCAGGUGCCUCUUGGACAAUGAUUGGAACUACGCUCAUGCGGCCCAGGUUUUUACCCAGCUCAAGGUGAGUGCCCUGGUGCCUUUCUAGAGUGAGACCACCAGAACCUGCUGCCAGGCUUAAGAACUGGAGACAGAAAGUGAUGGCUGGGAUGGAUUUGCACUGCACUGCACUGUAGUUCUUUUACAGGGGAGAACCCUGGGUGCCUUUUCCUUCAUUCUCAGGGUCUGAUGUGCCGUAUUUGAGGGUCAUGUUUCCCCCCAGAGGAAGUUUGCAAGGAAAGCCAUCCCCCUAUGUAAUAUGCCUUGAUGUGUGUAUUCGGAGUUAUUUGAAGCGAGAGCAUCCAGAAACCAUUGCUGUUGGUUUUUGCUCUUUUGCUUUUCAUCCAUAGUGCAGUAAUGAGAAGCUGAUAUGUAGCAGACUUUGCCUUUGGACGGGUGACUGUCCUUAGAAUAUUUUGUCCCCUUACUGGCCUCUUAACUGACCUUUGGAAGAGGAGUCAAGUCCGGAUUUGGGAAAACUUUUUUAUCACAACCCUGUGAGCCUGGGGAAAACCCCUGGGUUCUGUUGACAGCUUCAUGUUUGUUUGUCUCCUUGUUAGAACCAGACAUGGAAGAGAGGUGGUUUUUGUUAACUUCUUACUCUUCCUUUUCUCUUCUAGGCUGAGGGGAAGAUCCCAGAAGUGGCUUUCAUCAACUGAGCGUUUGCCACCAUUGCCCUUACCAAAGCCAGCCAAGCAGCGUUUUAUCCUUUGGGUUCUUGUUUUGUAAAUAAAUGAAAGUUUCACUAUGUAAAUUAAAGAGACUCCUACCCUGUUGUGACUGUGAAGGCUGCACCUGUCCGUGUUGCCAUUGGACUGUGGGCAAAAGCAGUGAAAACAGGCCCUUGUGGACGAGGCAGCACCUCCUGCCUGCAGCGGCAGAUGGCGUGAAGAAUUGCUGUGUACACUGAUUUUCUAACAGACACUGACGACCAUGGAAAUCUGGAGGAAAGGCACUUGGAUCAUUUUUGGGUUCUCCCGCCUCCCUUUUAAUUUGAAAAGCUGAUUUUUAGCAUACCCCGCCCCCCGCUGCUACCGACUUGGGAGUUGAGUCUUCUAUGUGCCUAGAGUAAGAAGUAGUCAGUAGUUCCCAACAUGCAACAAGGGUUAUAUCCCUAGAGGGCAGGGGGAAUGGUAAACCUCCUAAAAGGCAGCGGCAGCAGCAGCAGCACCACCCCUGUGUCCUUUGAGGCACAAUUGAUCAUCCUGAUGGUGCCAGAGGGAGUGGGUUUCUUAGUUCUAGGUUGCUUUAGAGGACUUUAGGUAUGUGAGACCCUGUAUGGAUGGAUGGCCUCUGAAGCACAGCCCUUGCAGGACGUCGGAUUUGCUGUCACUCACUGCUUAAAUGAGAAGAAGCUUUGGGGUCUGCACACCUAGCAAGCUGUAGCUUCCGUGUUUCUUUUCUGCCUGUAGUUCUUGAAAACACUGUGUUUAGUAAAAUUGUUAUUAAAACCAUGCUGUGCAUUCA